AACAUUGAAGCGGCAGGUUAAUUGGAAUUAACGCGCGCAGAAAUUCCGGUAAUCAGUUAAUUCAGGCAAAUUUUCCGCGCCGGUGGAAACUUCCUCCGCCUCGAUGAUUCCGACUCGAAGCGUUCCAGCGCUCGAAUACUUUGCUUUGGAACAGGGCAAACGUAACAAAGAACACUUGCCGCCCGUGUAAGGGGUUUAAGAGCAGCCCGUAGGCAAACGUAGAAACCAUCUUAUCCUCGUUUCCUGUCUCGUUACAGCUGGCUGGGCUGUAAAUGGACCAUAGCUUUGUCUAUCCUGACGUACGUGCCGUUCAUGGCCGCGCAGUUCUACCCAAAAUUCUACACCAUGAUACCGGCUGGCUUGAUGGUUGGCAUCGGUGCUGGACCGCUCUGGUGUGCCAAGUGCACUUACUUGACGGUGGUCGCGGAAGCGUAUGCCACGCUGUCGGACGUGGCCCAGGAUGUCCUCGUUACCAGAUUCUUCGGCCUGUUUUUCAUGUUUUACCAGAUGGCGCAGGUCUGGGGCAAUUUAAUAUCAUCUGCAGUUCUCUCUUAUGGAAUCGACACGGUGCCAAAUGCCGCGAGUGUAACGCUGAACAGCAGCGUCGUGGCGGAAACGUGCGGUGCCAAAUUCUGCGGCGCGACUUCUGACACGAAUGAGAGCCCGAAUUUGGAACGACCUGCAGAGGAAAGGAUUCAUCUAAUUUCCGGCAUCUACCUGGGCUGUAUGAUAGUGGCCUCGUUAAUUGUCGCGUUCGGAGUCGACUCGCUCUCGAGGUACAACAGAGGUAGAUCGGGAUCAGCGACAGGCCAGUCAGGCCUCAAGUUGCUGGCCGUGACAUUGAAACUACUGAAGGAGAAGAAUCAGAUCCUUGUCUUGCCGAUUAUAAUGUUCAUCGGGGCGGAACAAGCAUUCUUAUUCGCCGAUUACAAUGCUUCGUUUGUCUCCUGCGCAUGGGCAAUCAGCAACAUCGGUUACGUGAUGAUCUGCUUCGGCGUUACGAACGCUAUAGCUGCCCUCGGUACGGGAUCAAUCAUGAAACUAACAGGACGAAGAGCCUUGAUGAUAUUCGCGUUUUGCGUUCACAUGGGAAUUUUUAUCUUCCUGUUACGCUGGAAACCGUCACCUGAACAAAGUCAAAUAUUCUUUCUCAUGUCUGGAUUAUGGGGUCUCUGCGACGCUAUGUGGCUGGUACAAGUAAACGCCCUGUCGGGAUUACUAUUCCCAGGUAAGGAAGAAGCUGCCUUCUCGAACUUCCGACUGUGGGAGUCCACUGGUUCUGUGAUCACGUACGUGUACAGUCCUUACCUCUGCACGCAAACGAAGCUCUACUGCCUUGCAGGAAUCCUUUGUCUUGGCAUGAUCGGCUACGGUAUAAUAGAAUGGACUGGGAAAGUUGGCAAGUCGGUUCAAGAAUUGAAACCGGACUUCGAGUUGGUGACAAAUGGAGAAGCGAACGACACGACUAAACUGUGAAUCGAUAGGAAAUAAAAUCGACAAAGUCCUUCGAUCGAAAGUAUGAAUCUGUCGUUAGACGUUUACUCUGUAUUAUGAAACUCAUUCUCUCUCUUUUUUCUUUUUUUUUU